AUGAAGUUCUCGUCAACGGUGGUAUGGCUUUCGUCGGCCAUUGCGGUCAACGCCAUCUUUCCCUUCGACCUUCAACAAGUCCUCAGUCCAGCGCCGUUAACGGGUAAACCCAACUUCGUGUUCAUCAUAACCGAUGACCAGGACCUGAAGCUCGACUCAAUUGACUACAUGCCCCUGCUGUCAAAGCACAUCAAGCAAAAAGGCACCUUCUUCAGCAACCACUUCGUUACGACCGCGCUGUGCUGCCCGUCACGAGUCAGCCUGUGGACUGGCCGCCAGGCACACAACACGAACGUCACCGACGUGAGUCCGCCAUAUGGAGGAUACCCCAAGUUCGUCGACCGCGGCUUCAACGAGAAUUUCCUGCCGGUGUGGCUGCAAUCCGCCGGAUACGACACCUACUACACCGGCAAGCUGUUAAACGCUCACACCGUCGACAACUACCAUAGCCCCUAUGUCAACGGCUUCACUGGGUCUGACUUCCUCUUGGACCCCUUCACCUAUUCGUACCUGAACUCGACGUAUCAACGGAAUCGCGAUGAGCCGGUCAGCUACGAAGGCCGGCAUACCGUCGAGGUCAUCACGGAGAAAGCGCUCGGAUUCCUGGAAGACGGGCUGAAUGGCGACCGUCCUUUCUUUCUGACGGUUGCGCCGGUUGCACCUCAUUCCAAUGUCGACGUUAGCGCUCUGGGGAAAGGACAUUCCCCCACGGUAAUGACGGAGCCAAUCCCGCUUGAUCGCCAUAAGGAUCUGUUCAGCGACGUGAAGGUCCCACGGACCUCGCAUUUCAACCCAGACGAGCCGAGCGGCGCCAGCUGGAUCAAGACCUUACCGCAGCAGAACAAAUCAACCAUCGAAUACCACGACCACUUCUACCGCCAGCGCCUGCGAGCUCUGCAGGGCGUCGACGAGCUCGUUGACUCAAUCGUCACGCGUCUCGAAGGCAGCGGCCAGCUCGACAACACGUACAUCAUCUACACCUCGGACAACGGCUAUCACAUCGGCCAGCACCGGCUGCCACCCGGAAAGGCGUGUGGGUUCGAAGAGGAUAUCCGCGUACCCUUGUUUAUUCGCGGACCCGGGGUGCCGGAGGACGAAGUCGAAACAGCCGUUACAACGCACAUCGACCUCGCGCCGACUAUCUUCGGUUUAGCGGAGAUCCCAUUGCGCGAGGACUUUGACGGCACGCCGAUCCCACUGCCGAGCUCGGUGGGUUCGAACGCUGUUUCUAUCCGUCAUGAGCACGUUACUGUUGAGUAUUGGGGAAAUUCGUACCUUGAGGGUGAGAGGGGAGCUUUGAGUAACCCAGCGAACCUCCCGUUCUUCAACAACAACACCUACAAGUCAGUGCGGAUCAUCGGGGAAGGCUACAACCUCUACUACUCCGUCUGGUGCAGCAACGAGCAUGAGCUCUACGAUUUGAUCACCGACCCAUACCAACUAAACAACCUGUUCACCUCUAAAGAACAGGCCAGCGAGAUCUUCGGCUACCCUCUAUUACAGGUAAUCAGCAGAUUAGACAGCAUUCUGCUAGUCCUCAAGUCAUGCAAAGGCGCGACAUGCAUCAAGCCAUGGGACGUCCUGCAUCCGGGCGGAAGUGUGCAGAACCUGAAAGACGCAUUGAAUCCGCUAUACGACGCAUUCUAUACCAGCCAGGCGCGAGUCUCAUUUGAUCACUGCGAACAUGGCUAUAUCCCUGAGGUAGAGGGACCGCAGGAUGCGCUUCCGUUCACGAGAUACGGGUUGAAUUGGGAUGUUUGGACAUAA